AUGAUUAGCGGCUAUGGAAUGCUGCAGAGUAGCAGAGUGAUUGGCAAGAGAUCGCGCGCUGUCGGCGCAUUAUGGAAAAUCGCCAUUGUCGUCUUGUGCCUUGUGGCUGCGGUUGCAGGGCUCCCCUUUCAACAGCAGCACCACCGACUCAUCCGCGAUGUCUCUGAAAUUUUAGCGCCACCAGUAGAUGUGUAUUUGCCUCCCACAGCUGUCGGUGACGCUGCAGCGCCGCAAAGCAUCUAUUUGCCACCUGUUGAGUCAGCGCCAGAAGCCCAAGCAGCGCAACCAACUGCUGAGGAAGUGGAGGCCGCACCUAUCGCCGCAGCAAAAGAAACCUCCGCCGAUGCCAGUGAAGCGAAUGCUGUUGAAGAAACUGAAGCCGUCGAAGCCGCCACCGAAGCAGUGCCGGAGACAGCUGUAUUUGGUGAAAAUGGCUACGAAUACCGCGCCGUACGCAAACUCCGCCUACGUCAACGUCGUGAUGUCUCCCAUCUGAAUCUCGGCUAUCUGCCACCAUUACCUGCUGCGCGUGUAUCAAGCCACUACUUGCCACCACAAUUGGAUGUGCCACAACCGGAAGUGCCUCAAUUGAAAAUUUCCAAUGAAUAUUUGCCGCCUGUGAAUGAAAAUCUUGUGCGUGAAGCGCCCACAACUGAAGCAGUCGAAACGGAAGCGCCCGAAACUGAAGCGCCAACCACCACAGAAGCACCAACUACCACCGAAGCGCCAACCACCACCGAAGCACCAAUCAUCACCACCACCACAACAGAA